AAUACAGACAGAGAAUUCGAUCCAAAUAGAAGAGAUGGUUUCGGAAAAACAUGUCUCCACUAUGCCACCGAACAGAGGAAAUCUGAACUUUGGGAACGUUUUCAUGAUACACCAGAUCUUUUUUCAUAUUCAUUUUCUCAGUAUUGCUAUCUUCAAAGACCUUGCAUGUUGUAUUGUGCAAGAGCAAACUACACGCUGACCGAAAAGCUUCUUGAGCAAGGUGUGAAUCCACACCUUCAAGAUAUAAUGGGUAGAAACCCUCUUCACUAUGCUGCAGGGUGUGGUAAACCUAAGACUGUGAAACUUCUUCUGGAAAAAGGCGUUGACCCAAAUGUAAGGGAUGGAAUGGGAUGGACGCCCUUUUAUAUGGCUGCUAUACACGAAAGAUACAGGACUGUAAGUGCCUUGCUAGACAGUGGAAUUGAUUCAAAUAUACAAGACAAUCAGGGAAUGACAGCACUUCAUUUAGUUGUGACGGAGAGAGGCCUCACUUUACAGAGCUUAGAAGCAAACAAUGAUUAUACAGAGCUAUCUUGUCUUGGUCCUUGUGGAUUCCUCAGGUUAUUUUUAGAGAAGGGUGUUGACCCAAAUAUACCGGAUAAGCUAGGUAGGACAGCUCUUCACUAUGCUUCAGAUCAUUCGGAAAACUCCAGUGUCAAGCUUCUGCUUGAUCACGGUGCUGAUCCAGAUGUUCAAGAUCUAUGGGGCAUGACGUCCCUCCAUUGUGCUUCUACCAAAAAAGGCUCAGUAUUUAAGGAUACACUUCCACUGCUACUUGAGAAAUCGUUAAAAUUAAAUGUUCAAGAUAGGCGUGGAAAGACAGCACUUCACUAUGCUUCUGAAAACAGGAGUAGUGGUUUGAAGCUUCUACUGGACCAUGGUGCAGAUCCAUGUUUACGGGAUCAACAGGGCAUGACAGCCCUCCACUGUGCUUCUAUAAAAUGGAGAUGUAAUAUAGAAGCUUUUCAACUACUGUUAAAAUCAGUCGUUAACCCAAAUGUCAUUGAUGAGCAAAGGAGGACAGCACUUCACUAUGCAUCAGAAAAUUCAGACAAAGAGAUCGUCAAGCUUCUUCUAGAUCGUGGUGCUGAUCCUUCUGUACAGGAUCUGCAAGGCAAGACAUCUCUCCACUGUGCUGCUGCGAAUAGGUACGGGGCCUUACAGACACUGAUCGAGAGAGGAGUGGAUCCAAAUAUUCUUGACAAGAAAGGAAGGACAGCACUUCAUUAUGUCUCAGAAGGUGACUCUGAAGAUUCAGUGAAGCUUCUGCUUGAUCGCUGUGCUGAUCCAGGUGUACAGGACCUGCAGGGCAUGUCAGCUCUGCACUGUGCUGUACACUGGCGUCGUUACCGGUCUGCUGUUUUGCGGAUACUGCUAGAGAAAGGCAUAUACCCAAAUCUUCUUGACAAGCAUGGAAGGACAGCUCUUCACUAUGCUUCAGAAAAUUCGAUGAAAGAGUGUGUCAAGUUUCUUCUAGAAUACAAUGCUGAUCCAUGUUUACAGGACCUACAAGGCAUGACAUCUCUCCACUGUGCAGCAAAGGCCAAAGACAACAGCUGUGAUAUUUUGGAGAUACUGCUAGAGAAGAGUGUGGACCCAAAUGUUCUUGACAAGAAAGGAAGGACAGCUCUUCACUAUGUGUCAGAACAUUCGGACAAAAAGAGUGUCAAGCUUUUUCUAGAUCACGAAGCUGAUCCAAGUUUACAGGACUUACAGGGCAUGACAUCUCUCCACUGUGCAGCAAAGGCCAAAGACAACAGCUGUGAUAUUUUGGAGAUACUGCUAGAGAAGAGCGUGGACCCAAAUGAUCUUGACAAGACGGGAAGGACAGCUCUCCACUAUGUGUCAGAACAUUUGGACAAAGACAGUGUCAAGCUUCUUCUAGAUCACGAAGCUGAUCCAGGUGUGAAGGACAUACAUGGCAUGACAUCUCUCCACUGUGCAGCAAAGGCCAGAGACAACACCUGUGAUAUUUUGGAGAUUCUGCUGGAGAAGAGUGUGGACCCAAAUGUUCUUGACAAGACGGGAAGGACAGCUCUCCACUAUGUGUCAGAACAUUUGGACAAAGACAGUGUCAAGCUUCUUCUAGAUCACGAAGCUGAUCCAGGUGUGAAGGACAUACAUGGCAUGACAUCUCUCCACUGUGCAGCAAAGGCCAGAGACAACACCUGUGAUAUUUUGGAGAUUCUGCUGGAGAAGAGUGUGGACCCAAAUGUUCUUGACAAGACGGGAAGGACAGCUCUCCACUAUGUGUCAGAAUGUGACUCUGAAGACUCAGUGAAGUUUCUGCUUAAUCGCUGUGCUGAUCCAGGUGUGAAGGACUUACAUGGCAUGUCAGCUCUCCACUGUGCUGUACACUUGCAUCAUUACCGAUGUGAUGUUUUGCCGAUACUGCUGGAGAAAGGCAUAUGCCCAAAUCUGCUUGACAAGCAAGGAAGGACAGCUCUUCACUAUGCGUCAGAACAUUCGGACAAAGAGAGAGUCAAGCUUCUUCUAGAUCACGAAGCAGAUCCAGGUGUACAGGACUUACAGGGCAUGACAUGUCUCCAUUGUGCUGCUAAGAAUCGUUACAGUUACCAUAUUUUGGAGAUACUGCUGGAGAAGAGUGUGGACCCAAAUGUUCUUGACAAGCAAGGAAGGACAGCUCUUCACUAUGUGUCAGAACAUUCGAACAAAGAGAGUGUCAAGCUUCUUCUAGAUCACGAAGCAGAUCCAGGUGUACAGGACUUACAGGGCAUGACACCUCUCCACUGUGCAGCAAAGGCCAGAGACAACACCUGUGAUAUUUUGGAGAUGCUGUUGGAGAAGAGUGUGGACCCAAAUGUUCUUGACAAGAAAGGAAGGACAGCUCUUCACUAUGCUUUAGAACAAUCACCAGUCAAAAACAUAAAGCCGGUUCAACACGGUGCUUACACAGAUGUACAGAAUUUGUUUGCCAAUAUACCUCUUCAUCCAAAACCUCUUCAUCCCAGACCUAGUGACAUUAUACCUCUUCUCACUAAAACAGGUGCUCGUAGGACAACUAUUUACCGAAGUGAAUUCGAACAAGAAUAUGGAACACUACUGUGUGAGUAUAGAAGGAUGAAAAUGCUGGAGAUGCUUCUCAAGAAGGUCAACCCAAAAAUACAUGAUCACGAAGGAAGGACAGCUUUACACUACGCUGCACAGGCUUCACGAAAUGAAACUUUAGAGAUUCUUUCAGAACUUGGGGUCACUGUACAUAAGCAAAAUGACCAGGACAGGGCCUUUUUCCGGUCUGCUGCUGACCGCAGCUACAACAGGUGUGAACGAGUGAAGCUGCUACUCAGACGGGGCGUCGACAAAACUGUUCGAGACAGACAGGGGAGAACAGCUGAGCAGUAUGCUACAGAACUAUCAGAUAUCAAUCCGUGACUUCUCUGGAGAUGGUACACCAUUCGGCACAGAAUUAGAGAAAAGCACGGGAAUGUCGAGAACAAUUGUGGCCAUUCUGGAUUAUUGUAAAGUAGACAAUGCAACCCAGACGUGAAGGGGAAAGAAGGAACGGGAGGGUUUCGGCGGUAUUUAUAUAGUAGCACUUGGCGGUGGGGUAUCCUUGUGGUUAAAGCGGUAACGCGUUAAAGCGUUAGGUCAUCACCCAGAAGACCAGGUUAGAUUAUCAACAUGGGUACAAUGUGUGAAGUUCAUUUCUAGUGUGAACCAAAUAACUCCAUAUUGAAAACAAGCCCCAGUGAGCCGGCAGUACCGUGACCGUGUGGAAAUGUUACCUUUGCUUCAUAUACGGCUUUGGCAUUGGAGAAAGGUCAGGACGGAAGACAGAAUAACUUGGUCAAGGGACAGUGAGACAGUCUAUCAGUGUGCUGUUCACUAAUCUUGAACUGUUUCAAAUUAAGCUUGUAGAUCUAACUAAAGCUUUCUUUCAGCGUCUGCAUGGGUUUUUCGGAACGCUCAUGAAUAAAUUAAGUUCCUUGGUCCUCUAGAGUUAUUACAUGUAAAGGGUUUUUAGAGACAAAUAGAUAUAGGCAUGCGCAGUAUGGCCAAACAAAUGGAGCCCAUACAAACCUGUGUACAUUCCUUUUAGUUCUGCGAUAUAUAUUCUCUUUACAAUGUGAAAGCUGGUUAUAUGUAGAUCAUACAGGGAACGAAACAGACAGCCUGCAGUUGUAGAUAUUGUGCUUCAGUAUGAU